GGGUGGGCUCCACUUGUCGACAUGUGGCAGACCACGACUGUUGCUGCACGAGGCCUCUGCACCGCUCUGCUGCAAUGAUCCCAUUCGACAGAGAUGCAGAGAAGAAGGUUACAGGUGGGGCGUGGUUUGAUAUCUCACUGAAUUAUCUGUGUGUGCAGACUCCAGCAGGCACCGCAGAGACUCGCUUUGCAGCUUUUUGUCAUCGGUGACAUUAAAAUGGACCAAAAGUGGAUUCAGAUUCUGCUGAUUCUGGCGUUUUAUCAAAAAAUGGCUCGUGGAGCUGUCGCCACAGUCGUCAAAGAAGGGGACAAAGUUGAAAUCAAGUGCCAGCCCGCUGAAGUCGGCAGCAUGGUCAUCUGGUUCCGAGUGGUGGAGGAAUCAGAGAUGGAGUUUAUCGGCUCUUUCUCCAACACUGGCAGCAUAAAGAGCAAACAGACGCCUUUCACCUCAUUCUUUGGUCACUCAAAGAUGGAGCAACACAUCCUGACAGUGAAGUCGUUCAGCAGAGAUCGAGACAGUGGCACGUACAGCUGUGCCAGCAUUAAAAGCAACGAGCUCAAGUUUGGCAAAGUGACCAAACUGACUGGAGAAAAAAGAGCGGAAGUUGUGACUGCAGUGGCCGUGGCCACCACCCAGACGAAGCCCCCCACGACCACCACGGCCUGUCUUUGUCCAAACAACAAAGAAGAGAAAACCACUUUGUCGCAGUUCUGCUCUCCGCUCAUUCUGGGCCCGGUGGCCGGAGGCUGUGGCCUUCUUCUCCUGCUCCUCGUCAUCGCCGUCCUCUACUGCAACCGAAUAAGGACACGCAGAUGCCCACACCAUCACAAACGAAAAGUGCGGAUGAUGGCUCCUCAAAAACAAAUGAUGACCAACCGGCACGUUUAAUUGAAACGUCUUGAAACCAGAGUGCAGUUCACACUGUUUGCUUAUCUUCACAUCUUCCAAUUCACUGUCAAAUUAUUUGCUGGGAAUUAAUGCAUAAAAAGGUUAUUUUCAACUUUAAAAGCUCUUCAGAUUUAGUCGAUUGCUGAGUGUUGUCGAUCCGUCACGCUGUGGAUCAUAGUAAACAAAUCAAAACCUGGCAUAUUCUGUUUCAUUUGUGAAAAGAAAUGUAUAUAUUUAUUUGAGCUUUUUUUUAUUACAUAGAUUUGAUUUAUUAAAAAAAUAAAUAAAUACAUUUAAAAACUAGGAGACGUUAUUGUCAUCGUCUUUACAUUGUUUCCCUUUUUCAAACGCAUGUACAGUCUCUAAUUUGUUGUGACUUUAAAUACUGUAAAAAAUAAAAUAAAAAUAAAUGUCAACUCAA